CUCACCAUGGGCGAUCUCGUAGACUCCAUGUUAGAUCUCAUGCGGCGGCUACCGCCAACUCGAACGGAGGAGAACGUCGAUGCGCUCGUGCGCAUAUGUCCAGACUACGCCGACGAUCUCCUCGGUAGUGUUGAUCAACCUCUGCAACUCAAGACAGAUGUAGCUACUGGGAGAGACUACCUCGCUUGCGAUUAUAAUCGUGAUGGAGAGAGCUAUCGGUCACCAUGGUCGAAUGAAUAUGACCCUCCACUGGAUGACGGUACCGUUCCAUCUCCAAAGCUGCGGAAGCUUGAAAUUUCGGCGAAUGAGGCUUUUGAUACCUACCGAGAGAUGUAUUUCGAAGGGGGAGUGUCUUCUGUAUACCUGUGGGAUCUCGACGACGGUGGUUUCGCUGGUGUUGUCUUGCUCAAGAAAAACGCCAUUUGAGCCCUCUGGGUCAUGGGACUCCAUUCACGUUUUUGAGACAGCUGAGCGCGGGCGACAGGCGCAUUACAAGCUCACAUCGACGGUGAUGCUCCAGCUUGUAACAAGAAAGCGUAAUGGGGAAGUUAGCCUGAGCGGGAGUAUGACGCGUCAGACUGAACAGGAUUGGCCGAUUCACGAUGGGUCUUCGCACAUCACCAACACUGGCAAAAUGAUCGAGGAGAUGGAGAUCAAGAUGAGAAACCUCCUGCAAGAGGUAUAUUUUGGCAAGACUCGGGAUAUCGUUUACGACCUGCGCAGCGUGGAUGAUCUUGAGAAAGCGCGGAGACAGAAGGAACUACAAAAGGAACUGGUCGGUUUUAUCAAACGGUAGCCAAGAAGAUGUUGACCUCAGCCGGAUACUGGACCUGUAUGAUACAUGCCAUAAGUAGUGCUAUGAUGAUGAUUAUCAAC